GCAACCGUGCAGAAUCUCCCGGACCGGAAGUAUCUAGCCUCUCUUUCCCGUCUCUUCCGGUAGCCAAGUUAGCGGCUCAUCCUCUCCCGAACCGAGACCCGACCGACCCGGAGCGGCUCCAGAAACCAUGUCCUUCCCCGCAGAAGAGGUAGAAACGGAGUACGAUCCUUACACCUACACACAGGACUAUGACCUGCACACAGGUGACCCGAAGGCGGACCUGGCGUACGAGCGUCAGUACGAGCAGCAGACGUACCACGUGAUCCCCGAGGUGAUAAAGAACUUCCUGCAGUACUUCCACAAGACCACCUCCGACCUGAUCGACCAGAAAGUGUACGAGCUGCAGGCGAAGCGCGUGUCGAGCGAGAGCAUCGAGCAGAAAAUCUACGAGAUCCAGGACGUCUACGAGAACAGCUGGAAUAAACUGACGGAGCGAUUCUUCAAGACCUCCCCCUGGCCUGAAGCCGAAGCGAUCGCCUCCCUCGUGGGAAACGAUGCUGUGUUUCUCAUCCUCUACAAGGAGCUUUACUACAGACACAUCUACGCCAAAGUCAGUGGAGGGCCGACGCUUGACCAGAGAUUCGAGUCUUAUUACAAUUACUGCAACCUGUUCAAUUACAUUCUCAACGCAGAUGGCCCCGCCCCCCUGGAGCUCCCUAACCAAUGGCUGUGGGAUAUCAUCGAUGAGUUCAUUUACCAGUUCCAGUCGUUCAGUCAGUAUCGUUGUAAGACAGCGAAGAAGUCCGAGGAGGAGAUCGAGUUCCUGCGGAACAACCCCAAGAUCUGGAACGUGCACAGCGUGCUCAACGUGCUGCACUCGCUGGUGGACAAGAGCAACAUCAACAAGCAGCUGGAGGUGUACACCAGCGGAGGUGAGAGAGAGAGACACGCACACACACACACACACACACACACACACACACACACACACACACACACACACACACACCACACACACAGCGUGCUCAACGUGCUGCACUCGCUGGUGGACAAGAGCAACAUCAACAAGCAGCUGGAGGUGUACACCAGCGGAG